UCACUGUCUGUGCAGCUCCGGCCGCCUGUCUCCCCGUGCUAGCCACAAAUAUUUGGCACUCAUACAAUAUGGCAGACAUCGACAACAAAGAACAGUCUGAACUUGAUCAAGAUUUGGAUGAUGUUGAAGAAGUAGAAGAAGAAGAAACUGGUGAAGAAACAAAAAUCAAAGCGCGUCAGCUGACUGUUCAGAUGAUGCAAAAUCCUCAGAUUCUUGCAGCCCUUCAAGAAAGACUUGAUGGUCUGGUAGAAACACCAACAGGAUACAUUGAAAGCUUGCCUAGGGUAGUUAAAAGAUGCGUGAAUGCUCUCAAAGACCUUCAAGUUAAAUGUGCACAGAUAGAAGCUAAGUUCUAUGAGUAAGUUCAUGAUCUUGAAAGAAAGUAUGCUGUUCUCUAUCAACCUCUAUUUGAUAAGCGAUUUGAGAUCAUCAAUGCCAUUUAUAAACCUACAGAAGAAGAAUAUGAAUGGAAACCAGAUGAGGAAGAUGAAAUUUCAGAGGAACUAAAAGAAAAGGCCAAGACUGAAGAUGAGGAAAAGGAUGAAGAAAAUGAAGACCCCAAAGGAAUACCUGACUUUUGGUUGACUGUUUUUAAGAAUGUUGACUUGCUCAGUGAUAUGGUUCAGGAACAUGAUGAACCUAUUCUGAAGCACUUGAAAGAUAUUAAAGUGAAGUUCUCAGAUGCUGGUCAGUCUAUGAGUUUUGUCUUAGAAUUUCACUUUGAACCCAAUGAAUAUUUCACAAAUGAAGUGUUGACAAAGACAUAUAUGAUGAGGUCAGAACCAGAUGAUUCUGAUACUUUUUCUUUUGAUGGACCAGAAAUUAUGGGUUGUACAGGGUGCCAGAUAGAUUGGAAAAAAGGGAAGAAUGUCACUUUGGAAACCAUUAAGAAGAAGCAGAAACACAAGGGACGUGGAACAGUUCGUACUGUGACCAAAACAGUGUCUAAUGAUUCUUUCUUUACUUUUUUUGCCCUUUCUGAAGUUCCUGAGAGUGGAGAUCUGGAUGAUGAUGCUGAAGCUAUCCUUGCUGAGGACUUUGAAAUUGGUCACUUUUUACGUGAGCACAUAAUCCCAAGAUCAGUGUUAUACUUUACUGGAGAAGCUAUUGAAGAUGAUGAUGAUGAUGAUUAUGAUGAAGAAGGUGAAGAAGCGGAUGAGGAAGGGGAAGAAGAAGGAGAUGAGGAAAAUGAUCCAGACUAUGACCCAAAGAAGGAUCAAAACCCAGCAGAGUGCAAGCAGCAGUGAAGUACGAUGGUCUACCUUCUGCUUCCCUGGAAAGGAUGAAUUUAUAUCAUUUGACAAGUAUAUUUCAAGUUUUUGUU